AUGAUGCUGAACGAGGCCCAUGAGCCCAGGCAGGUGAAGUUCUUCCAGGAGGGGGCAUCGUUGGCCCUGCCUGAUAACAGUUGCAAGCCAGUGCAAGGGAAACCAAGGCAGCUGAAUGUAGUAGCUGAGAGAGCAUGGGUCUCCAUCUUCCUACAAAUUCAACUCCUGAUACCCUUUAAAUACCAGCUGAGGUUCAAUCUGGGCUUAUCUUUUAAGGAAGGCAGUAGCUUCCUUCCCCCACUCCCAGAAGCCCUCGGGGAGUUUGAGGCGCCAGCGGAGCCGAGUGAGGCCCGGGCCCAGCCUCGGCAGAAAGUGCGCCAGCAGCGUGGGAUGGCGGCGUCUGUGGCUUCGAUCGGGGGCAGUUCCGGCUCCGGGGACCACCCUGAGGGCGCCGACAAGCGUGGGCCCGGAGGCCCGGGAGGGGCAGCAGCCUCAGCCUCAGCCUCAGCCUCGGGCGGCGGGCCCAGCGAGGCAGCCGAGCUGCUGGAGCACUGCUGCGUGUGCCAGGAGCGCCUGCGGCCCGAGCGGGAGCCCCGCCUGCUGCCCUGCCUGCACUCGGUGUGCGGCCAGUGCCUGCUGCUCGCGCCGGCCUCUGUAACGGGUAGCGCCGCUAAGCCCGCCUCCUCUGCGGUCCCCGAGGCCGCCAACAAAGGGGGCGACGGCGCCGUGGUGGACUGCCCCGUGUGCAAGCAGAAGUGCUUCGCCAAGGACAUCGUGGAGAACUACUUCAUGAGGCACAGCGGCGCCAAGGCCGCCCCGGACCCCAAGGAUGCCAACCCGUGCUGCACCAGUUGUGCGAACAAGGCCACGGCCACCAGCUACUGCGUGGAGUGCUCGAAACCCCUCUGUGAGACCUGUGUGGAGGCUCACCAACGCGUCAAGUACACCAAGGAUCACACAGUCCGAUCCACUGGACCCGCCAAGUCCCAUGACGGGGAACUCACUAUCUACUGUUCGGUCCACAAGCACGAGCCCUUGGUUCUCUUCUGCGAGAGCUGUAACACCCUCACCUGCAGAGACUGCCGACUCAGUGCCCACAAAGACCAUCCGCACCAGCUCCUGGAGGAUGCUGUGAGAAGCCAGAGGAAGCUCUUGGCCUCCUUAGUCAAGCACUUGGGGGAUAAGCACGCCACCCUGCAGAAGAACACCAAGGAAGUGCUCACCUCAAUCCGCCAGGUGACGGAUAUGCAGAAGCGCGUGCAGGUGGAUGUGAAAAUGGCCAUCCUGAAGAUCAUGAAAGAACUGAACAAGCGCGGCCACGUGCUGGUCAGCGACGCCCAGAAGCUGACAGAGGAGCAGCAGGAGCGCUUGGAGCGCCAGCACCGGACCAUGACCAAGAUCCAGCAUCACCAGGAGCACAUCCUGCGCUUCACCUCCUGGGCCUUGGAGAGCGACAACAACGUUGCCCUGAUGCUGUCCAAGAAGUUGAUUUACUUCCAGCUUCACCGGGCCCUCAAGAUGAUCGUGGACCCCGUGGAGCCCCAGGGGGACAUGAAGUUCCAGUGGGACCUCAACGCUUGGACCAAAAGCACGGAGGCCUUUGGCAAAAUUGUUUCCGAGGGGAGUGGUCCUGGCUCCGUGGCCCCUCCCCGGCCCCCUGGCAAGUCUGGAGGCAAUCAGACCGUGCACCUGCAGGAGGGCUGUGGGAUCUACCGCCCAGAUGACCCCUACAGUGCUGAGCCUAGUGUGUCGGGGAUGAAACGGUCCAGAUCCAGUGAGGGGGACGUGAGUGGCCUUAUGCGGAAAGUACCCCGAGUGAGCUUGGAACGCCUUGAUCUGCACCUCACAGCGAACAGCAAGCCCCCUGUCUUCAAAGUCUUCCCUGGGACCGCCAACAAGGACUACAACCUCAUCGUCAUCGAGAGGGGGAGCCAGCCAGGGGCCCCGGGGGGACCUCCCAUGCCACCCAUGGCCAUGGUUAAGGAGGAAGAGACCGAGGCUGCCACCGGAGCCCCCCCAGGAGUGGAGGGGCUGGAAACAAAACCUCUGCUCCUGCCUCCCCUGGAGGUCUCAGGACCCGAGGGCCCUCACCUGGCCUCACCCAGGGGCAUCACCAACUUUGGGCUGGGAGUGCUGGGUGGGCCUGAUGCAGCCACGGCAGCCAUUUCCGCCACUAGUGGCCCCGGAGCCGUGGAUGACAGCGCCACCAUCUGCCGUGUCUGCCAGAAGCCGGGGGACCUGGUGAUGUGUAGCGAGUGCGAAUUCUGCUUCCAUUUGAAAUGCCACCUGCCCACUCUGCAGGAGGUGCCUGGGGAGGAGUGGAGCUGCUCCCUGUGCCAGGAGGUGGUGGACUGUAAAGAUGAGGUCCCUCUUCCUAGCCCCGAGAAUGUGGCCUUGACCCCUGAUGGGGACACCUGCCCCACCAAGCUGUCGCCUACUAACCAGUGGAAGUGUGAGCGUGUGCUGCUGGCCUUGCUCUGUCAUGAGCCCUGCUAUCCCCUGCACCGACUGGUAACAGACCCCACUCCCUCAGUGGAGCAGCCGGGCAUCCUGGACCUCACUCUGAUCCGAGCUCGCCUGCAGGAGAAACUGCCGCCCCCCUACGGCUCCCCCCAGGAGUUUGCCCAGGACGUGGGCCGAAUGUUCAAGCAAUUCGACAAACUUACGGAGGACAAAGCUGAUGUCCGGUCCAUCAUCAGCCUUCAACGCUUCUUUGAGACGCGAAUGAACGAGGCAUUUGGGGACACCAAGUUCUCGGCUAUUCUGGUGGAGCCCCUCCCUCCCUCCCCCUCUCCCAGGCCCUGGCCUAGCCCCUCCAGAGCUGGUGGGGGCCCCAGCCAUGGUAACUGA